AUGUCUAACUUGACCACCUCUGUGACUGAAUUUGUUCUUAUGGCGUUUUCUGACACCAGAGAGCUGCAGAUCUUAUAUUCUUUAAUUUUCUUUCUUACUUACUCAGCAGGCCUGAUGGGGAAUCUCCUCAUUGUCAUCAUCACCACCUUAGACAGGAGACUCCACACCCCCAUGUACUUUUUCAUUAGGAAUCUGUCCAUUGUGGAUGCCUGCUUCAUAUCAGUAACUGUUCCAUCUGCAUCCAUUAAUUCCCUGAUGAACAACAGGGUUAUUUCAGUUACUGGAUGUGCAACUCAAAUAUUUCUGGUGAUUUUUACAGCAUAUGUUGAGUUUACUUUGCUCACUGUCAUGGCCCGUGAUCGCUAUGUUGCCAUCUGCCACCCACUUCUUUACCCAGUGAUCAUGAACCCUCGUGCCUGCAUGCAGAUGACCUUAACCUGCUUGUUCACUGGCCUUUUGUAUGCAGGUCUCCAUACUGGUUUGACAUUUCAAUUGUCUUUCUGCAAUUCCAAUGUGAUCCACCAGUUCUUCUGUGAUAUCCCCUCUCUACUCAAGAUCUCUUGCUCAGAGACAUUCUACAAUAUAGGAUCUUUACUUGCCUCUGCUCUGGUGGUUGGAGUUGGCUGCUUUGCUGUCAUCACUGCAUCUUAUAUUCGCAUAUUUUCCACUGUGCUCAAAUUUCCAGUGAAAGAAGACCAAAAGAAAGCAUUCUCUACUUGUGUCCCUCAUAUCAUUGUGGUUUCUUUGUUUCUUGUAUCAAUGUCUUAUGUGUACUUACAACCACCUUCAGAUUCAGGGUCCAUUAAAGAUAUAAUCCUUUCAAUAUUCUAUUCUAUAAUACCACCCUUACUGAACCCUAUUGUAUAUAGUCUACGGAAUAAGCAAAUAAAAGAGGCUAUAAUAAUAGUAAUGAAGAGAAAGCUUUUGUUAAUGAAUAGAGUAUAA